CCAUGCUUUAAGCGGUUUUAUCUGAUUUGGCGCGGUUGUACGACCGGCUUCAGGAAAAUAGUACGAUUCUUGUCUCGCGGCGCGCGCGUUUGGAGUGUCAUUUGGGUUUGGUCGCUGCCCUGAAAAUCCCAAUUGCUCGGUUUAUUGCGGUGGUUUUCUAUCAUUACGGUCAAGUUGUUUGUAAUCAGUAACACAGAAGCGGAACGCCAGGAUGGUUCGUAUAAGCAAAGCUGCGUUUCGGCGCUUCCUAGAUCGGAACCUGUUGAUCACGCUGACCAUCGGUGGAGUGGUAAUCGGCAUAGCCCUUGGCCUGGGUUUGCGAAAUGUUGGCGAACAUGGAAGCACGUGGACUCAAAGGAAUGUAAUGUAUGUCAACUUUGUCGGAGAUCUGUUCCUGAGAGCGAUAAAGGCCAUCAUACUGCCAUUAAUUGUGACGUCACUUAUCUCGGCAGUAGGAUCACUAGAUACAAGUCUGUCGAAGAAAAUAGGAGGAAUGUCCAUUUUCUACUACAUGACCACGACAAUCAUAGCAGUUUUGGAAGGAGUUGCACUAGUUAUAACCAUAGAACCUGGGAAACGAGGUGACGACAAUCAACUCUCGGGAAGUGGUUCAAAAGCUAACAUUACAACGGCGGACACUCUGUUGGACCUCAUUCGUAACAUUUUUCCUCCCAACGUGGUGCAAGCAUGCCUACAGCAGUAUCAGACGGUUUUAACUGCUCCCAAAGCGAAUCCCAACGAGACGAAUCUUGAAAAAUGGGACAUAGGUGGACGCUACACCGACGGCACCAAUUUGAUCGGUAUUGUGGCCGCGUCAAUCGUUUUCGGCGUUGCGUUGAGUGUCGUCAAAAACGAAGCGCAAAUUUUGCUCAAAUUUGUACAGCAGCUGUCACAAACUGUUAUGAAAAUUACCGGCUGGAUUAUAUGGCUCUCACCGAUUGGCGUCCUGUCGCUCAUCAUGGCCAAGUUCUUGGAGAUGGAAGAUCUGGCCGAAGUGUUCAACAAACUCGGAAUGUAUUUUGCUGUGGUCACGUGCGGUAUAAUCUUCCAUGGAUUGGUAACGCUACCGCUCAUAUACUUCAUAUUCACACGGAAAAAUCCUUACACGUUUCUGGCAAAUAUGGGCCAAGCUUUGGCAACAGCUUUCGGUGCAUCGUCCAGUUCAGCAGCACUGCCGGUUACGAUGAAGUGCUUGGAAGAAAAGAAUCAUAUCGAUCCACGGAUAACACGGUUUGUUAUACCGAUUGGCACUACCAUCAAUAUGGAUGGCACUGCACUGUAUGAGGCAGUGGCGGCCAUAUUUAUCGCCCAGAUGCGUGGAAUUGAGCUCACAUUUGGAAAAGUUGUAGCGGUUGCCAUUACGGCAACCGCUGCCAGUAUCGGAACGGCAGCUGUUCCCCAAGGCGGCUUGGUAACGCUGGUGAUGGUUUUGGAUUCCAUUGGCCUCCCCAGUGAAGACGUCUCACUCAUCAUUGCCGUUGACUGGCUAGUAAAUCGGAUUCGUGCUGCGGUGAAUGUACUUGGCGACUGCUUCGGCGCAGGCAUUGUAGCACAUUACAGUAAAAAGGAUCUCACAAACGAAGAUACAAACAAUGACAAGCCUCCCGAAUGUAUUCCGAUGAAUGAAAAUAAAUAAAUGAUAAAGUGUUCUUACAAUA